GCGGCUGCGCAUGAUCCUACCGGGCUUAACGUUUAUUUCGAACGUGUUUUACCGCUAAAAUGCAUAUUUCAACCCAAAAUUCGACGUAACAACAGUUCAAAAACAAAAUGAAGUGUCAGUUCUUACAUUUAGUUCCGUGAGUGUUGAUAUUUGAGUGGUUAAACGACAUCGCAGAAGUAAAACAAAUGUGUGUGAUUCAUGUGUGAAUGUAGUGCUUCAAAAUGUGGUCGAGAAACUUUAUACCGGAUUAUGGGAUUAAGUUGCUGUCCUGUUAUCUCGUGAUCGCGACCCUGGCAGCCAGGAUCCAUGGUGUCGAUGGUUUCGUAUCGUGCUCACCGUCACCAUGCAAAAAUGGCGGGACCUGCCUCUCGUCACCGCGUGGGGAAUAUUUUUGCAAUUGCACCUCCCGAUACGCCGGCGAGUUUUGCCAACACCUGAACCCUUGCCACAGUGAGUCCAGUCCUCGAUGCCAGAACGGGGGUAGCUGCAGAGUGAGGCCUGGGGCCGGUGGAGGACCUCCCUCCUUCGCCUGCGACUGUCCUCUCGGCUUCAGUGCCUCCUUGUGUGAGAUCAGAGUGCCAGCUGCUUGCGACUCCGCGCCAUGUUUGAACGGGGCUACUUGCCGUCUGACGUCUCUGGAGUCGUACGAGUGUGAUUGCCCACCGGGGUAUACGGGCGACGAAUGCUCCCACGAAGACCACUGCGCGUCACAGCCCUGCCGAAACGGCGGUCGUUGCGUACCAGACAACACGACGAACGCUGGCUACUCCUGCGCAUGCCCACCAGGUUUCACCGGCCCGCGAUGCACCGAAGACGUCGUGGAAUGUUCUAGUGGCUCAGGACCCUGCCACCACGGGAGAUGCUUCAACACCCACGGGUCGUACACCUGUGUCUGUGAACCAGGGUACACGGGACGGGACUGUGAUGCGGAGUACGUGCCCUGUGAACCGUCUCCAUGUCUUCACGGUGGAAGGUGCACGCCGUUAGACCAGCUGCGGUACGAGUGUGAUUGCCCUACUGGCUACCGCGGGCAGAACUGUGAGAUCGACAUCGAUGACUGCCCCGGCCACCUCUGUCAGAACGGUGGCACAUGCGUCGACGCACUCAACACUUACAACUGCGAGUGUCCCCCCACCUUCACUGGUCGACUGUGCGAAACUGACGUCGACGAGUGUGCCUUGAGGCCUCUCGUGUGCCAGAACGGAGCGACAUGCACCAAUACUGUCGGUGGUUUCUCGUGCAUUUGCGUCAACGGGUGGACUGGUCCUGAGUGCUCAAUCAACAUCGACGACUGCGCUGGAGCUGCUUGCUUCAAUGGCGCUACCUGUAUUGAUAGAGUUGGCGCUUUCUACUGCAAAUGUACUCCUGGAAAAACUGGGCUUCUCUGCCAUCUCGACGACGCGUGCACCUCCAACCCUUGCCACGCGGACGCCAUAUGCGACACCAGCCCCAUCAACGGCUCCUAUACUUGCUCGUGCGCAUCCGGAUACAAGGGCCUUGACUGUUCUGAAGAUAUCAACGAGUGUGAACAAGGCUCACCCUGUGAACACGAUGGCAUCUGCGUUAACACCCCCGGGUCUUUCGCCUGCAACUGCUCCGUCGGCUUCACCGGUCCUCGCUGUGAGACCAACGUCAACGAAUGCGAGAGCCACCCCUGCAGGAACGACGGCUCCUGCCUUGACGACCCUGGCACCUUCCGAUGUGUCUGCAUGCCUGGAUUCACGGGAACGCAAUGCGAAGUGGAAAUAGACGAGUGCGCCAACAACCCCUGCCUGAAUGGCGGAGUCUGCCAUGACAUGAUCAACGCUUUUCGAUGCACUUGUGUUAUUGGGUUCACGGGGGCUCGUUGUCAGGUGAACAUCGAUGAUUGCGCGUCGAGUCCGUGUCGCAACGGAGGCACGUGUCACGACUCCAUCGCUGGGUACACCUGCGAAUGUCCUCCUGGGUAUACUGGAAUGUCUUGCGAAACGAACAUCAACGACUGCCUAUCAGCUCCAUGUCACCGCGGGGAGUGUAUAGAUGGUGACAACAGCUUCACCUGCAACUGUCACCCAGGGUACACUGGCCGGGUAUGUCAGACCCAGAUCAACGAGUGCGAGUCCAACCCUUGCCAGUUUGGAGGACAUUGCGAGGACCUCAUAGAUGGCUACCAGUGUCGUUGCAAGCCCGGUACCUCAGGCCGAAACUGUGAAAUCAACGUGAACGAAUGCUACUCCAACCCUUGCAGAAACGGGGCCACUUGCAUCGAUGGAAUCAACAGAUACACCUGCGAAUGCAUACCUGGAUUCACGGGCCAACAUUGCGAGACCAACAUCAACGAAUGUUUGUCCAACCCUUGCGCCAACGGUGGCAAAUGCAUCGACCGAAUCAAUGGCUUCCAGUGCGAAUGCCCCAGAGGGUAUUAUGAUGCUAGAUGUUUAUCCGAUGUGAACGAGUGUGCUUCGAAUCCCUGCAUCAACGGAGGAACUUGCGAGGAUGGUGUCAAUCAGUUCAUCUGUCAUUGCUUACCAGGAUACGGAGGUCAACGCUGUGAACGCGAUAUAGACGAAUGCAGCUCCAAUCCUUGCCAACACGGUGGAACCUGUCACGAUAGGCUCAACGCUUACAAAUGCGACUGUGUUCUGGGAUUUACUGGUGUGAACUGCGAGACGAACAUCGACGACUGCGCCGGCAACCCGUGCCUGCAUGGCGGCUCGUGCAUCGACCUCGUCAACGGGUACCGCUGCGUGUGCGCACCGCCCCACUCCGGCCGCAACUGCGAGAACACGCUCGAUCCUUGCUCUCCUAACCAAUGUCGCCACGGUGGCCGAUGCAUCGCAGAAGCCUCGUACGCAGAGUUCACGUGCCAAUGCCCUGUGGGGUGGACAGGCGCGCUCUGCGAGCGAGACGUCGACGAAUGCGCAGUGACAGCUCCCUGUCAUAACGAAGCUACUUGCAUCAACACCGAAGGAUCCUACGCAUGCCUUUGCGCAAGAGGGUACGAAGGAAAGGAUUGUGCGAUUAACACUGAUGAUUGCGCUUCGUUCCCCUGUCAAAACGGAGCGACGUGUCUUGACAGCAUCGGCGACUACAACUGCGUGUGCGCAAGUGGGUUCGCCGGCAAGCACUGUGAGGUUGACAUCGACGAGUGUCAGUCUCAUCCUUGCAUGAACGGCGCUACUUGCAACCAGUAUGUGGCAUCGUACACGUGCACAUGUCCACUGGGCUUCUCUGGCAUCAACUGUCAGACCAACGACGAGGAUUGCACCGAGUCCAGCUGCAUGAACGGCGGCAGCUGCAUCGACGGCAUCAACUCUUACAACUGCUCCUGUCCGCCUGGCUACACGGGUUCCAACUGCCAGUUCCGUAUCAACAUGUGCGACAGCUCGCCCUGCGACAACGGCGCGACAUGCCACGACCACGUGACACACUACACCUGCCACUGUCCCUACGGAUACACCGGGAAGCAUUGCGAGGGUUUCGUUGAUUGGUGCGAAAACAAUCCUUGCGAGAAUGGCGCGACAUGCUCUCAGAAGGGACCUCAAUACACCUGCACCUGUGCCCCUGGCUGGUCUGGCAAGCUUUGCGACGUGGAAAUGGUAUCUUGUAAAGACGCCUCUAUAAGGAAAGGAGUAAAACUCAAGCAACUUUGCAACAACGGAUCUUGCGAAGAUAUUGGCAACUCACACCGCUGCCACUGUCUCGAUGGCUACACUGGAUCCUACUGCCAAAAGGAAAUUAACGAAUGCGACUCAGCCCCUUGCCAAAACGGAGCCAUAUGCAAGGACCUCGUUGGAACUUACCAGUGCCAAUGUGCCAAGGGAUUUCAAGGUCAAAACUGCGAGUUGAACGUUAACGAUUGUCUACCAAAUCCUUGCCAAAACGGAGGAACUUGCCAUGAUCUGAUCAACAACUUCUCCUGCUCGUGUCCUUUUGGUACUCUAGGGAAGAUUUGCGAGAUCAACGUCAACGAUUGUAAGCAAGACGCUUGUCACAAUAACGGUACAUGCAUAGAUAAAGUUGGUGGUUUCGAAUGUAAGUGCCCUCCAGGUUUUGUAGGGCCAAGAUGUGAAGGAGACAUCAACGAAUGUCUUUCUAAUCCGUGCGCUUCACCUGGAACUCAAGACUGUGUUCAACUGAUCAAUGAUUACCACUGCAACUGUAAACCCGGAUACAUGGGAAGACAUUGUGAUGCCAAAGUCAACUUCUGCGCAAACUCACCUUGUCAAAAUGGAGGUAUUUGCACUGCUAUCCAGGGUGGUCACGAAUGUCUAUGCAACGAUGGAUUCUAUGGUAAAAACUGCGAGUACUCAGGCUACGCUUGCGAUUCUAAUCCAUGUCAAAAUGGAGGCUACUGUAGAACAUCAGACAUAGGAGGUUACGUCUGCGAUUGUCCAUCCGGACUAUCAGGUGUGAACUGCGAAAUUGACUUCAAAAACGAAUGCCUCAGCAACCCCUGUAAACAUCCAGAAGCAAGAUGCAUUGACAAACCUGGUGAUUAUCUUUGUUAUUGCCCAAGACAAUGGACUGGAAAGAACUGCGAUAUCCAUGAUCCUCACUCCCGAGGAGGCUAUGGGAGCCCUGUCAAGAACACACUAACUCUUCAAGAACUAGACUUGGCUUUCCAAAGGGAACAAUGCGUCAAAAUGGGCUGCAAAGAAAAACAAGCCGACCACCAUUGCGAUGAAGAAUGUAACACAUAUGCCUGCGAAUUCGACGGAAACGAUUGUUCAUUGGGCAUAAAUCCAUGGGCAAAUUGCACCGCACCGAUAAAAUGUUGGGAAGUCUUUAUGAACGGCGAAUGUAAUGAAGUUUGUAACACUCAAGCAUGUCUGUUCGAUGGAAGGGAUUGUGAGAAAUCGUUACAGCGCUGCAACCCAAUCUAUGACGCUUACUGCCAGAAACAUUACGCCAACGGACACUGCGACUACGGCUGUAACAACGCUGAAUGUAACUGGGACGGUCUUGAUUGUGAGAAUGAACCGCCCGAUCUAGCCGAAGGUGUAAUGUCAAUUAUCUUACUAAUGGACAUGAGAACUUUCAAAGAAAACUCCAUAGCUUUCCUUAGAGAUUUGGGCCACCAACUACGAACCACAGUGGUUAUAAAGAAAGACCAUCUAGGGAAUGAUAUGGUUUACCCAUGGAAAGGAACUACAGAUGUUGGUCUGCAAGAUACUGAGUUCGGCAAGAAACACCACAUAUUCUUCACGGAGAAAGCCCAAUCUGGAGUGCAAGUGUAUUUGGAAAUUGAUAAUAGAAAGUGCACGACCAUGUCAGGUUCUGAAUGUUUCUUUUCGGCGCGUGAAGCUGCGGAGUUCUUAGCAGCAACAGCGUCGAAACACUCCUUGUCACCAGACUUCCCCAUAUUCCAAGUCAAAGGCGUUCUAGCUCCAGACACGGAAGACACGCCGCCAAAUUCUAAAUACGUCUUUAUUGGGGUCAUAUUAGUCUUACUAGCCGGUUUACUAAUAGGAGUCUUAGUGACUGCUCAAAGGAAACGAGCGGCAGGAAUAACAUGGUUCCCGGAAGGGUUUAUUCGUAAUAACUCUUCAACAAGACGGAGAUCGAGACGCCGUGGUCCCGAUGGUCAGGAAAUGAGGAAUCUGAACAAAGGCUCCAUGGGAUGUAUCGAUGUUGAUAUCAAUGGGGGUCAUAUGGGUCCGCCACAUUGGUCUGAUGAUGACGACGAUGGGUCGGCUCCUCCUCGGGCCAAGAGGGCGAGAGGUCCAGGAGAUGCGAACGGAGCACCGGGAGGUUAUGCCUCAGACCAUACAGCGAUUACAGAUUACGAAGAAGCUGGACACGACUCCAGAGUAUGGACCCAACAGCAUUUGGAUGCCGCCGAUAUCAGAGUUCCACCGAGCAUGAUGACACCACCUGCAAUCCACGAUGGCCACGUUGACGUAGACUCUAGAGGUCCUCUCGGCAUGACUCCUCUCAUGGUAGCAGCCGUGCGAGGAGGAGGGUUGGACACUGGCUCUGAUGCUGAAGACGAACAGACGGCACACAUCAUAUCUGAGCUGGUGGCACAAGGCGCGCAACUAAACGCCGCUAUGGACAAGACUGGAGAAACUAGUCUGCAUCUUGCUGCUAGAUAUGCAAGAGCAGACGCAGCAAAACGCCUGCUCGACGCCGGCGCAGACGCGAACUCACAAGACAACACAGGCAGGACUCCACUGCACGCCGCGGUAGCUGCCGAUGCCAUGGGUGUCUUCCAGAUCCUGCUGAGGAACAGAGCUACCAAUCUGAACGCUAGAAUGCAUGAUGGCACCACCCCGCUUAUCUUGGCUGCUAGGCUGGCGAUAGAAGGCAUGGUAGAGGAUCUGAUCAACGCAGACGCGGAUAUUAACGCGUCAGAUAAUAGCGGCAAGACAGCGCUGCACUGGGCAGCAGCUGUCAAUAAUGUCGAUGCCGUCAAUGUACUACUAAUGCAUGGCGCUAACAGAGACGCGCAGGAUGAUAAGGACGAAACGCCUCUCUUCCUAGGCGCGCGAGAAGGCUCAUAUGGCGCGUGCCGAGCCCUCCUCGACGCUAUGGCUAACAGAGAGAUUACGGACCACAUGGACCGUCUUCCGCGAGACGUGGCUCAAGAACGGAUGCACGAUGAUAUUGUAAGGCUACUAGACGAGCACUGCCCGCGGCCACCGCCUCAACACCAUCAUCUUAUGCCGUCACCAAACCCUCACCCGCAGCUGAUCAGCCAGCCUACGGUGAUCAGCGCGUCCGGGGCCAAGGGGAAGCCCAAGAAGCCUCGCGCCAAGGCAGGCCCCGACAGCCCCGACCAGGGGUACGACAACAACAAUAUGCAGCACACUGCCAUCAGACGGAAACCGAGUGUAAAAAAGAACAACAAGAAAGUGGCGCAGGAGGUGCCACAGAGCGUUGAGAGCCUCGGCUCCAGUCUCAGUCCAGUUGAAUCACCGCUCCAAAAUUUACAGGACUUGCCGUCGCCGUACGACGCGACGUCUCUGUACUCGAAUGCGAUAGCGCAAUUCGCCGGUAUAGAGCAACUCAUGCAGCACAAACAGCCGCCCAGCUAUGAAGACUGCGUUAAGACGGGUCAGGCGCUCCAUCAGUCGUACGGCGGCGGCGCGCUCGGGGCGUCGCUUUCGCCGCCCUAUUCCAACCACUCUCCCACACACAGUAACCACACGACUUCGCCACACGCGUAUAUAGGAUCUCCGUCGCCGGGCAAGUCGCGGCCGUCGCUGCCGACGUCGCCGGCGCACAUGGCGGCGCUACGCCACUCGCACCAACACCAGCUCGACGCCGCCGCAUACUCGGCGCUCGCGCAUCUUAGUGCUAACGGCCAGCACAAUACGCAACUCCAAGCGGUGAUGACGCACGCGGCUGCGCUUGGGCAGGUGCAGGGCGCGCAGCACCCCGCCAUCACCAACCUUAUGUCUGGUCUGUACGGCAGUUGGGGCAUCGGUGACACAUUUCCGACCCCCUCCCCCGAGUCUCCGGACCACUGGUCCACCCCAUCCCCCCAAACACCACUCACGCAGUCGCCCCACUCGGACUGGUCCGACCGCGCCGCCCUUUCCCCAAACGACAUACAACAGACCAACAAAGGGGCCACGGAAGCCAUCUAUAUUUAGACAACAUUGUUAAGUUUUAAGAUUACAUUGACUGUAAAUUUUCGCCAAUUGUAACGUUAGAUUUGAUCGUGUUGAGGAUUUACCGUAGCUUGUCGCUUUGUUGCGGUGAUGGUCCUAUAUUUACAGCAAUUUUUAUGUCCUUGAAAAAAUAAUGCCGCUACUACGAACCGUCAGUUCCGUUUUCUAUCACUAGAUGGCAGUGGUUGGCACAAACGCAGUUAUUAAAACCUAAUUUGGAUUUCUCAAAGUUUAACUAUUACUAUAGAAUAAAGAAUAAUAAUACGUGGAAAGGCAACUCUCCGCUCCCCACCAGCGGCUGAACAAGUUUACCUCACCCCCCUCGGUCUUACUUUAGUCUUCAAUCGUAUGGAGAUCAGACGUCACACACAUAGAUGCGCGUGCACGAUAACGUCAAUGUGUAGUGUCUGUGUAAAACGAGGUUUUUUGUAUGAAGUGUCAACAAAAGUAGACAUUGGCUUAACAUACCAUUCAAACAUCAAAAGGACAUUUAAGCAACAAAGCUACGACACACAAACGGCAAAGCGAUUUCUCUUACGAGACAAAACGACUGAACGGCUCAAAGAGUCAAGAAAAUUAAUAAAAAGAUAUUAAAAUGAUAUUAUAAAAAGCACCUUGGCACAAAAAUGUUACAAAAGUUUGUAAAAUGAAAGACCGAAUCGAAUGAUCUUUCCGAAUCUUUUUGAGCUCUCCUUUUUAUACUUUUAAAGUCGAUUAACAAUGAGCUAUACGUUCUCGAAUAUUUAUAAAUCUCAAGGUGCUAGAGUGCCGUAGAUAUAGACUGAUUUGUACAGCCAUGACUCGUAAUGUAAACAUAGUAUAGAGCAUGAAUGCACGAACUUGCAAUCUCGCGAUUACGACUAACUUUUCGGUGUAUUUUUGUCCUACAUUUUUUUGUAAUAUUGCAAGAAGAUUUUUUAAGAAAGGAUUUUUUUUUAAAUUAACCACAACAUUGGAAUAUUGUAAAAAAAUAAUAAUAUUCGAUUCGAAUUUCGAAUUGGAAACAUUUUUUUUGCCUUUUGUGAGGUAGACUUUUGUUAAUAAAGUUUCGAACAGUUUUUAUUUUUAUUUUUUGCAACCUUAAAGUUUGUUAGUUUUUAAAUAUUUUAUUGUACUGUAGGUUUGAGUUUUGCGAAAUAUAUUUUUUUUAUAAAAUACACCGAAUCAUUACACCUCUGACACGUAUCAUAAACUGUAUUGUUGUGUUGUUAAAUGUUUUUAUAAUUUACUUGUUUAUUUCACGCUAUGUUUUGAAUCAUUAUUAUAAAAUGGGAUUAUGUAUUUCGCUUAUGAGAUUGUUUUGCGUACGAACGUAAACGAAAAUUAUUUAUAUGUGUGAUUCUUUUAGCACCUAGAUGUACUUUAGUGUAUGUAGAUUUUUUGUUUUAAGACAAAGUGCGACCAACUCUAGGCGCCAUUUUGAAAAAUGAAUGUAAUUUGCUGACUGUUUUUCUUAUUUGAAAAGGCAAGAUGACUGGGUAAAUUAUAAAAUGCUAAUCUAGACAUAGAAAACUGGCUAAGAUAAAAAUCAAUCUCAUUAUUCUUAUUGAGUAAUUUACGAAUUUUAAAUAACAAUUACAUAACAAAGAGUACGACGUUUGAACACGUUUAUUGGCGACGUUAUACAUUUGUACUUCUAAACACAUUCUAUAGAAAUUAUGGUUUUUAAAGUUUCGUAAAAAGUAUCCCAUUUGACUAAGUCGUCUUGCCUAAUGUACGAGAAAAAUGGCGGAAACUUUUGACAGUUAAAACAAAAUGGCGUCAAAGAAUUGGAACAUUUUUAAGGUUUAAAAUAUAGAACUAAGAUUGAUGCCUGUUCUUUUACAGUCAGAAAUUCCUAUCCAUUUUAUUUGAAUAUUUAAAUUAGAUUUUUUAUCUGAUUCGUUGCUAUUCAGCAGGCACCAAUCUCAGUUUUGAAGUUAAAAGACAUUUUAGAAGUUUUGCAUAUCUUCCGCUUUUCGAAGUCAUUCCAUGAUUGCUUCCAAUAGAUUGGGAGAUGGCACGGUCGCUUUAAAACGUCACUGAGUUAAAUAGAAUUUACAAAAACUUUUGACCAUUUAAUUUCAAUAUGUUAUUCAGAGUACUCCUGGGAAUUGGCCUCUCAUUCCACUCAAGGAGAUUAGAUACCUUAUGAAGUUAUAACAUAGCUUGUCAUAAAUCAUAAUAUUAAUGAUUUUUAUUGUUUUAGAAUCCAUUUAAUUAUCUGAUAUUGAGCUCAAUUUGUAAUUUAUGGGUUCUAAAGGAAUAUAUUGUAGGUAUUUAUGCCAUCUCUCAAAAUUAGUUUUCCAAUAAGUACGAGAGCGUACGGUAAGAUCUCACCAUUCCAUUUGUCGCUUUAAAUUACGUUUUCAUCGUUAAAUCGUUACGCAAUCUUUCAUGCUCAAUUUGUUAAAUGAACUUGCAUGUUUUACCUAAGUGUAAUAUAUUUUUAACAUAACUAUUUUGUAAUACUAAGUUUUAAAAACUUCUGCCGAUGUCGUCACACUACGCCUAUAUUAUUUUGUAAAUAUUAUUUUUAUCUCCUUUUUUAAUAUUUAAUUAAAUGAAAAUGAUCUUCGUAGCAUUUAGGUUUUAGUUUUGAGUUCCAUAAGAUUGUGUCAUUAAAGAGUGCCAACGCGCAGAAUCGAUUAAUAAUUUUAUUUUCUGAAAUUGAAUCGUACCCUUUCAAAAUUGUCAACAGAUAGGAAGUUUAGUGAUAAUUUGUGUAUUACUAGCUUUAGAAUAAGUAGGGUACAUGUAAGAAACCUGUGCUUCCUUAGAAUGCAUUCUAAUAUAAAUAAACUGACUAUAAAUGUGCUGUUUGGAGAUAUAAUUUUGUAUUCAAGUACAAAAUACUUGUAAAUAGGGGUUGACUUGUGUCAUUCCAAUUUUUAUUGCAGCGUGUCUAAUACAAUACAUGUUUGUUUUAAAUGUUUACUUUAGAAAAUGAAAACUAAGAUGGCCCGGAUUCCUGCAGACCACUUAAUUUUAUUUUAAGUUAUACCUGUCAUUUUCUUAUCUGCCGAAAAGGAAAGGGACACCAAACGCAGACUAGAGAAUUUUAUAUAUUAGUUAAAAAUUUACAAAACUUUUAACGUUCUUGCGUUUUAUAAGUCAUGCCGUACCGUAUUAGACACGAAUUUAAAAUCAAUCAAAAAAUUCAGGAAUCAAUUUCGGCACUUUUAUAAAUGUAAAAAUGGGCACUUAAAUUAAAAAAUCAAGGAUCUUCAAUCUUUCGUGCCUUCCGAACGUAGCUUAAGAUUAGGGAACAUGUAAUUUAAAAGUAAACUUUAAAUUUAAUUCAGAAGAUCAACUCUAGCAAUAAGACGCCUGUAAAUACAUCUUAUCAUUAUUUUAAUAAUGAAAUGCAUUUCUCUGUAAGAUUUUAAAGUUUUGAGGAGAAUUAAAUUUUAAAUAUUUUUCCCCUUAACUGACAAUAAAAUAAAGGAAUAAAUAAAAUAA